AAAAAAUUGGGCUACUCUUAUUACAAAUUCGCUACUUUUAGCAAUUUGAAUCUGGCAACCCUGCCGAGGCGUCGCCAGUGACUUGUGAGGAGAGAGACGAGGCGCCAUGGCAGCAACCAAGGGCCAGGUUAUAAAGUGUAAAGCAGCUGUUGCGUGGGAAAAGGAGAAACCACUGACUUUGGAGGAUGUAGAGGUUGCUCCUCCAAAAGCUGGAGAAGUCCGCAUAAAGAUAUUGGCAACUGGAGUUUGUCAUACUGAUGCUUACACUCUGGAUGGUCAUGACCCUGAGGGAAUAUUCCCAGUCAUCCUUGGACAUGAGGGAGGUGGCAUUGUGGAAAGUGUUGGAGAGGGCGUCACCUCUGUGAAAGAAGGUGAUCACGUUAUUGCUUUGUACAUACCUCAGUGUCGUGAAUGCAAGUUCUGCAAGUCCCCCAAAACAAAUUUAUGUGGCAAAAUUAGAACAACGCAAGGCAAGGGUGUGAUGCCAGAUGGAACCACACGUUUUACUUGCAAAGGGAAGGAAAUCUAUCACUUCAUGGGAUGCUCUGCCUUCUCUCAGUACACAGUUGUAGCAGAGAUUUCUGUUGCUAAGGUCAGUGAAUUGGCUCCUAUUGAGAAGGUGUGCUUGCUUGGCUGUGGUGUGAGCACGGGUUACGGUGCAGCUCUCAACACUGCUAAGGUGGAAGCUGGCUCUACAUGUGCCAUCUUUGGUCUUGGUGCUGUUGGCUUGGCUGCUGCUAUGGGCUGCAGGACCCAAGGUGCAAAGCGCAUCAUUGGUAUUGACAUGAACCCAGACAAAUUUGAACUUGGAAAACAGUUUGGUUGUACCGAGUUUGUGAACCCAAAUGACCAUUCUUCUCCCAUUCAAGAGGUUCUUAUCAACAUGACAGAUGGUGGAUGUGAUUACACUUUUGAGUGCAUUGGUAAUGUGAAUGUGAUGCGUGCUGCCUUGGAGGCAUGCCACAAGGGGUGGGGUGAGAGCGUCAUCAUUGGUGUCGCAGCUGCAGGCAAGGAGAUCUCCACUAGACCAUUCCAGCUGGUAACUGGAAGAGUCUGGAAAGGAACAGCCUUUGGAGGUUGGAAGUCUCGUGACAGUGUGCCAAAGCUGGUCGAAGACUACAUGAAUAAGAAAAUAAUGGUUGAUGAGUUUAUAACUUACACAAAACCAUUGGAUGAAAUCAACUCUGCUUUUGAACUGAUGCACCAGGGAAAGGCAAUUCGAAGUGUCAUACUUAUGGAAUAAUUCAUUUUUGCCCUCUCAGGUUUUGAGGUAAAUUGUAAAUGGGUUCGCAUGAUUCAUAAUUAAAGUUAAAAUUUUAUAUUAGCAAUCCAGCUUUAUACUUUAUAUAAUCUCAAUAAAACAAUGUACUGUCCAA